CCUGUGGUAGGUCAGUGCAACAGCUUGAGCUGAAAAGUAAAAGCAGUAUUUUUGGCUCUCUGCGUCUGCCAUGGUGGAACAAGUAGAGGGGACAGCAUCUCCAGAAACAAACUUCUCUCACAGCAGUGUCUGCAGCUCUGGCACAGUUUUCCAUCUAAAUCGGCCCCUAACUUUGAAGUCCUCCCCUUUGACCCACCCUGUCCUCGUCACAGACAGUCAGUGAACACAACAUGGUGGAUGUGACCAAAUGGCCCAUUUUCAGCCUGAUGGGGCUUGAGGAGCUCUCCUCGAUAAGGAAGGCCUGCGUGUUUGGUUCGUCUGCAAACGAGGCCAUUUACAUCACCAAUGAUGAUGAGGUGUACGUAUUUGGACUGAACUGCAGUAACUGCCUCGGAACCGGGGACAGCCAGAGUACAAUUGUACCAAAGAAGCUGGACAUUCUGAGCGGCAGGAAGGUGGUGAGCCUGAGCUACGGUAGUGGACCCCACGUCCUGCUGGCCACAGAGGAUGGAGAGCUUUUCGCCUGGGGGCAUAACAGCUACAGCCAACUUGGAAACGGGACGACCAAUCAGGGAGUGGCUCCACUGAUCAUGUCUGCCAGCCUGCUCUCUAAGAAGGUCACAGAUGUGGCCUGUGGCUCUCACCACUCCAUGGCUCUGACUGACUCAGGAGAGGUGUAUGCAUGGGGCUACAACAACUGUGGGCAGGUGGGCUCUGGCUCCACGGCAAACCAGCCCACGCCUCGGCGAGUGUCCAGCUGCCUGCAGAACAAGGUGGCUGUCGGGAUCGUCUGUGGUCAAACAUCUUCUCUGGCUUUGAUGGACAAUGGAGAGGUGUAUGGUUGGGGCUACAAUGGGAACGGGCAGCUGGGAGUCGGAAACAGCGGGAACCAGCUCACACCCUGUCGACUUGUACCUCUGCAAGGUGUGUGUGUGCAACAGAUUGUUUCAGGCUACGCCCACUCUCUGGCGCUGACAGACGAGGGGUUGCUUUACGCCUGGGGAGCCAACACUUACGGACAAUUAGGCACCGGUAACAAGAGCAACCAGCUGAGCCCCGUUCAGAUCAUGGUUGAAAAAGAGAGAAUCGUAGAGGUCGCUGCAUGUCACUCCACACAUACGUCGGCUGCCAAGACCCAAAGUGGUCAGGUGUACAUGUGGGGCCAGUGCAGGGGCCAGUCUAUAGUGCUACCUCACCUCACGCACUUCAGCUGCACAGAUGAUGUGUUUGGAUGCUUUGCCACGCCCUCAGUCAUGUGGCGACUUCUGUCCAUGG